UGCACGAUGUAAACCAAGCCAAUGCGUAGUCUGAUUCCGGCUUUACAGCGCGUAAGCGCCCAAAGCGAACGCAACCUAGAUUGCACAUAGCACGAAGUAAAACCAAGAAAUCGUGAACAUUACUUAUUACCCGCAGAAAAAAUAUAUGACUACGUAGUUUAUAUGUAUGUAUCUGGAGAGCUUUGCUCUGAACGUGGUCAUUCUGGUCGGGUUGGUGCACCUGAUAUUUUGAAACAGGUAUGUUGUAACUCUGCUCGAUCCGUUACGAGUGUCGUGUUUUCGUGAAUGAGCUUUGAUAUAAUCAAAUUUCGUUGGAUUUCGUCGAGGAUUGUAACAGCACAGCCUCGUUAAAAACUCAGCAUGAACAGUCGGCGAAGACGUGCAGACGAUUUCACGGAUUCCCUUCGUAGUUUCCGUGAAACAAUUGAUACUGAAGACAUUCAGCCAGUAUCUGAAAUAUAUUCGGAAGAUAGUUUAGAUACUGGUCUUGUAAGGAAUGAUGCUUUAAUUCUACCAAAUCAUCUAAUCAACGAGCAACAUGUUUCAUCUUCUGAUACAUACUUUACUGCUGAGGAAAAUUGUGAUACUCCACACAACAAUGCACAAUUUGAGUCAACUUUUUUAACUGAGAAAACAUCUUACAUGUCAAUUAAACUUGAUUUCAAUAAAUGUAUAAAUCUGUUCCAUAAUAAACACCUGAAAGACGAAGAAGAAAAUACAUCUAUAGAGACUGCAGCCAAAACCAAUAGCUGCGAGAGAGUCGAAUCGACCGUUCCGUCAGUCGAAGAGUUGUCGUCAGAAUCUUUUGUCACAUCGGCCAAAAAGAAUGAUCGACUAUUUAUGGAAGAUCAUGAGCACGAUUCAACGAACGGCGGGAAUACACUAGAAGACAUCGACUUUCACGAAUUGAAGACGCUUUUGCACUCAUUGGAAAGUCAACAAAAACCACUGAGAGAAGCGCCUGUCCAAGAGCGUACACUGAGACGUAUGUCUACGUUGUUUUACGUUUCACCGAAUGACUUUACAGAGAGAUUAUUGACGAUAAUUGAAGAGUCAGUUAUAAUGAACGAGUCCGACAUGCAAGAAUUCCCAGAUGUUAGUUUAUGUCGAUUAACCGAGGAGCUGCGGAAAAUGUGCAAAUUCAUAGAUAAUGAGACUGCGCCAGAAUGGCCUGCGUCCCCAGUUAUAUCAACGUCGAUUUGCGCGGAAGGAGACGGACAAAAUAGACAAAAUAGACUCGACUCAUCGGGGAGAUCUCUUGGUAACUUUCCGAGUCCGAGCAAGGGCAUCACCACACCUUCCGCUACUAGCCGACAUAUUAAUGGUAAAAGUCCCAGGAAGAUCUUUCGGCGUACUCCAAAGACCAUCUCUGCCGCGCUCAGUAAUAUCCAGAGUCCAUUGUAUGACAGUACGAACAUGCACGACAGCACGACCACCUUCGAGAGUUUGGAAGCUUAUUGCAAGAGAUUAUUUCCAGAUGAAUUUAGGUCAUCGCCAUUGCAGAAGAAUCGUUUGCAGUCACCCUUGCAAAACAUGAGCGGUAUUUUGCACACGUGCGACGCUCAAAUGAAAUCACUGGAGGAUUCACCCAACGUUUGCGGACCAUCUCGAAACAUCGUGACGUCCACUUCCGACGACACGGUACCUCCGACACGGAUUCUCCGACACAUAAUUCUCACACCUGAUAAACGUGAAAAAACCUUGGCAGUUGAAAGAGCGUCAAUAUCGCCGAGGCAACGCGCGGGACGCAAUGUACGUCCUGAGAUGAUCGAACCAGACGAUCUGGAAAGGACACUUAUGUAUGAAAUCGCGAAGAAGAGACAGAGGUGCCUCGAUACGGCAAAAGUAAUAAUGGAGAUCGAUGGAGAUUCGGAAUCGCUGGCAGCACAAGGAACACGUCUAAGCAACGUCAACGAGAUGAGGUUAUCGACAGAGAAAGAUGUCAAAUUGAUGGAGACGCUGAUGUCCUGCAAGAAAUAUAAGGAAUAUUUGGAGGAGCACAAACCUCUGCUCAAUUUGCUGAAACGAUCAGAAUCUUACAAGUCUCGUUCUACACAAAGCAAAAAGGACGUCCACACGAAGAAGAAAAGCAACGUCGCGACAUUGGCAGUACCGAAAACGCCAAGAAGGAAAAACAGCAGGAGUCCUUCACCUAAAACACUUGUCGUUUCGAAGCCGAAGUUAUUCAUUACUCCCGGAAAAUCUCCUGUUAUCAAUGCGUGCAAAGAAAAGCGCACGUAUUUUCCUAACUUGGUGGCCAAUCCGCAUAAGCAAGAAAAAUUGCAAAAAGACUCAAAGAAGGUGCUUAACAUUAGUCCGUCCACGCAGAGUAUUUGCCGUAGAAUGGGAUUAAAUUACGACAGUGUGAUAUCGCCGGUUGGUAUGUACAUCAAAGGCACGAACCCUCAUCUGAUAAAAAAUUUACGACCUAAAACGGACGAGAUGCUGUUAACACCGAGGAGAAAGGAACGUAUGCAGUCUACUAGUACAAAAGCAGAAAUGAAAUUUCGAUUGUCACCGAAACGACCCAAAAAAACAGUUACCUGCACACUAGCACGAGAUGAAAAUGUUCCCGAUAACUUUUUGCAUCCAAAAGUGUGUUACAAGCUGCCGUCUCAUGUACGCACGAUCAAGGAAACGGAAAGUCGGAAAGUGGGCAGUCGCAUGAACGAAUUAUUACGCUCCACACAAGAUAAAGUUGUGAUCCGACACGAAGCUCGAACGAAGACGGUUCAAACGAACUGUAUGGAGCAACCUGAGAUCCACUACGAUUCCGCAGAAGAGUCCGUACAUAUUGAACAGACAGCACGUAAAACGCACUUCUCUCGUGUACAAAAGGAUCACUAGCCGAUACUGAAAUAUUUGUUGAAGUCACUGAUGUAUUAUAUAGAAUAUCAAUAUGUCUAAUGCACGUUAAUCUUUUUUUUUUUUUUUUUUAUCAGAGCUGGAUCAAACUUUUUAUAUAUAAAACGUUGUUUCAUUAAAUGUGCAAUUUUAAUUACUUUUUUUGAGUUUUCGAUUAUUUCACGCUUUCAUGUCAUAUAGUCACGCACAAUACUUUAUCGUAAGAUAUUUUAUUUCGUGGAAUUUAACAGCUUUCUCUUUUUCCCCCCUCUGUUUUUCCAUAGAAAAAAUAAAUUUAAUUCAUUAAAUCAUAAUUGUAAUUGCGAUUUAAUUUUCGAUUCGAUUUUUUUCUUCCGCAAUAUCACCGCAGAAAAAAUGACUUGUUCUUCAGAUAAAAUUGAUUUGUCAAAAAAUAAUGUAGGUAUUCGAGAUUGUUGUUUUGAGAUUUGUAUUGUUAGGUGACACAAGAGUUUAAAAAACUCUGAAUACGAAAUAGGAACGAAAAAAAAAGCGGAGCACUUUUCAACGUUAUUGGAACGUCGAAUCUUGAAAAGAGAGUGGCUUACGAGGGGAUAUCAUAAAGUCCACCGUAGAAAAACGGCGUUAAAUGUGUCUCAGAAAGUGAGUCAGUACGUAGCGAUUCUUGCGUGCUAUGUAGUUUUCUAAGUCUUGAAUGUAAGAAAUUUAAGCGUGCGCGUUAUCGAUAUGGCGCGUAAUAUGCGCCAACAAAAUGCGUCGUUUUCGCUAUUGGUCUCGUGUCGUACACGACAGGGCCGUCGAUUGCGAAUUAAUAAGAUUCGCAUAAUUUGUGCCAAUAACGCGGGCGAAUUUUUAAGAAAAUUUUUUAAUUGAUCAGGAGGGAGAGCGGGCGUGUGUUCAUGGGAUCCGUGCGUCCUUGACACACCGCACUUGAUCGAAAUCACUUUUUUUAUCUUAUAUAACGUUCUACGCUUCCUUAUAGGCACGCUUCGAGUACCACGUAUAAAUGUACACGAAUACAUUCGUGAAGCUGACCUUUUAAAUUAUUAUAUGUUGUCGCCAAUAAUACGGAAGUUAUUUCUCAUACGAGUAUGCGACAUUUACCACUUCUAUAUAUUUGUAUAGAUAUAAUAUAUAAUAUUUAUAUAUAUAUAUAUAUAUAUAUAUAUAUAUAUAUAUAUAUAUAUAAUCUUAUAGAAAUUAAAUAACUCAAACUUAAACCUAUAUAUUUUGCUCGCUCUAAUGAAAAAUAACAUUCGAUUCGUACUGCACGUGGCAUCUCCAGCACAGAUACGAAAAUGAAGCAUUGUUAUCGUGGAUGUAAUUCUGCGUUCUACUAGAAUCUAUUGAUUCCUUCUGCCUUCUUGUUUCUAAAACACAAUAACUCUACAAAUAUUGAUUCCAUCUUUUUUCCUUUAUUUCGACCUUGUUUCCAGGGUUUCCGGCAACCUGUUGGAAAAGGCCGUGCCGGCAGAAUUGACACGGCCCUGAACGGUUGCGCAUGGCACGCAUUUGCCGGUUGCACACGCUCGUCAAGUCGCUCGGAACCAAAGCCUGGCCAUAGUGGGGCGCGAUCGAUAAAUUCGAAGCCGCGGCGUGAUACCGGCAUUCCCUCGUAAUAUCUGACAGUCGAAGCCAACCGAAGCGACCAGCCAAGAUGCCGGGACCAGGAUGCGAAAAGUGCAAAGACAAGUGCAAGGACUGUAAGUGCGGUGACAGCUGCUCGUGCUGUGAUUCUGGAUGCAAAGAUAAAUGCGGCUGCAAGACGGGCGGACAAUGCUCGUGCAAGCCUUGCACCUGUUAAUUAGUAACCGUGACGAAGGCACCCUAUAAUCUACAUUGACAAUGGUAAUAGGCCUUCAAUGCGAUGCAGCAGAUCCAACAGAUAGGCAACAUUCAGUGUACCUUAUUAUUACAGUGAAAUUCCAUGCUUAAUGAGCUUAGCGAUGAAAACGCUGAAGAAUAGCGAUAUAAUGUGAUGUUUCACUUUCCUACCAGAAAUGAGCAACUAAGUUAAUAAAAAAUUCGUAGAAUUUAUUUAAA